GAGUGCGACAGUAAACUUCAACUCGAAACCCUAAAAUCCCAAAUUCUCAACCUGAAUCAAAUUUGGAAGAAUGAUACAUCAAAUCAAAUCUUUCCUAUUGAUUUCCAUUCAUUUAUAGCCCUGCAUUUCCAAACAAUCACCAAUUUUUCAACCAAUGUCUUCUUCAAUAUUCAAUAAUAACAGCGGCGUCUCAAUCUCAGUUUCAGACGACGAUUCAGACGAACUCGGCCGCAUCCGACUCCGAAUCCCCAGGAAGCGGAAGAAACAUGGCCGAGUCAGGACCGAGUUAAAUCAGCGGGUCAUCAGGUGGCUUCUCAAGUACUGGACACUCCUGAUCUUUCUUCCUGCUGCUGGAUUGCUCCUAUUCGAGGCCUCUAGAAUAGGUGGGAAACCGAAUUUGGUGGUCAACACGGAACUCAGUUCAUUGAAGAGGACAAAUUUAUUGGGGAACUCGGAGUUCCAGAAAGUGAAGAAAACGAGUGACAAAAGGAACUUGGAGGCCAAUUUGAAUCGAUUGGAUCCACCUCGUUGCUUGAAGCUCCUACCUCCUGAAGAACUUGAACAGUUGGAUAUUCCUAUUGGUGAAGAAUCUAAUUCCCCUGUUAAAAAGCUGGUCUACAUAUCAGGCAAUGAUACACCUUAUAAAGGAGGGAACUCUACCCUCUCUUGGCAGCAGACAAAUGGCACGCGGUUUAAUUUAUUUACAGGAAACCAAUCUUUUGAGGAGAGAGAGAGGAGUUUUAAGGUGGAUGAAACUGCUAUCCUACAUUGUGGCUUUUACCAUGAAAAUGGUGGAUUUAGAAUUUCUGAGAAGGAUCAAAGUUAUAUGCAAACUUGUAAGGUUGUGGUUUCAACUUGUGCAUUUGGUGGUGGUGACGCCCUUUAUCAACCUAUAGCGAUGUCUAAGGCAUCGAUUCAAAAGGUUUGCUAUGUUGCAUUUUGGGAUGAAGUUACUCUUGCAGCACAGGAAUUAGAAGGUACUAAAAUUGGUGAGGAUGGCUUUAUUGGGAAAUGGCGUGUCGUGGUUGUAUGGGAUCUUCCAUUUGUAGACCAAAGACUGAAUGGCAAAAUACCAAAGAUGUUGCCUCAUCGUCUCUUUCCUCAAGCAAUGUAUUCUAUUUGGGUAGACUCAAAAUCUCAAUUUAGGAGGGAUCCUUUAGGUGUUUUAGAAGCUCUCCUCUGGCGUACGAAUUCUGUGCUUGCUAUUUCAGAGCAUGGAGCCCGAAGCAGUGUAUAUGAUGAGGCUAAAGCUGUUGUGAAGAAAAAUAAAGCCAAGCCAGAAGAAGUGCAAGUGCAACUGACUCAAUACCGCCAUGAUGGUCUUCCUGAGGACAAGAGAUUUAAUGGAAAGAAAGCUCUAUCAGAAGCAUCUGUCAUUGUGAGAAAGCACACGCCAUUAACUAAUCUGUUCAUGUGCCUCUGGUUUAAUGAGGUAGUUCGCUUCACCUCACGGGAUCAGCUGAGCUUCCCCUACGUUCUCUGGCGGUUGAAAGUGCUCAAGAACAUCAAUAUGUUCCCUGUUUGUACCCGCAAAGAUCUUGUUAAUAGCAUGGGCCACUUACGCAAAGCUAAGCCCUUAACAACUUAAUUGGUCUUUUGGUAAAAGUUGCAUUUUAGAUUUGUUCCAUCAGGGCACUGAGGGUGAGGAGCAUAUAGGUUGUAUUUCUUCUUCUUAUUAUUUUUUAAUUAUUUUAAAAUGAUUUAUCUGCAGCAGUGUUGCUGUCAUUUUUUAAAAACCAAGAAAAUCAAUCUGGAUGUGCUUU